AUGGAGGAAAGCGGGAUGGCGUCGCCCCUGCCAGCAACGCUCGAACCCAUAUCACGACCGAGUUCGACCUCGACCACCGCCUCUGCCGCCAUAGCCCAGCUGCCCGGCAUCAAUGCGCUGGCCGCCAGCGUAACAAGCUCGCCACAACCAAGAGCCACGAGCACGCCGAUACACAACACGUCGAUGGCAAUGAAUUUCGGCGAAUCUCCCGCGGCGCACGCGCCCAUGGCGUCUGGCAAUCUGCCAACCUGCCAGAACUGCAGCACCUCGACCACUCCGCUAUGGCGUCGCGACGAGGUCGGUUCAGUCCUCUGCAAUGCCUGUGGCUUGUUCCUCAAGCUGCACGGCCGUCCGCGCCCGAUAUCCCUCAAGACCGACGUGAUAAAAAGCCGCAAUCGUGUCAAGACCAUGCGACCGGACAUGCAGAUGAAGAAGAAGGUGAGUAACCGCCCCAAGUUCAACCCCAAGCCAUCAUGGCGCGACACUGAUUCAAGCCUUUCUUCUAUUCAGCAAAGUCUCCCUCCUGCCACCAACGGCAACAACUUCCAACACCAUGACAGCGCGACCGCCGCCGCGACUGCAGCUGCCCUUGCUGCCGUGCGCGCCUCACAACAACAGCAACAGAGGUCCGUUAACGGACAUGGCCAUGGAACCGACUCGCCCGUGUCCCGCACCGCGACCCCGAACAUCUACGAUCCUCAGCUCGCGGCUUUCCAGGCAAUGGACCAGUACCAGCCAGAUAACAUGGCACAAUAUCCCCCUCCAGGAAUCUCUCCUGGUCGCGCACCCUCUCCCCUGAAUGGCGAUCACCCACCCAUGGAAGCCCCGCAGACCAACGAACAACUUCUGGCCGCCAACUCGAGCCUGAAGACGCGUGUCAGCGAACUGGACCUCAUCAAUGAACUAUACCGAGGUCGUUUGCAACAGCUGGAGCAAGACAUCCAGACCGCCGAUAACUAUCGCCAUUCCGCUGAAAUGUCCGCCAAGGAAGCCGCUACAGAACGUGCGCAGCGCGAGGAGAUCCAGCGGCAGCUGGAGGACAGUCACCGGAGGGAAAACAUCCUCAAGAGACGACUUGAUGAAAUGGAACAGGAGAUUCACGAACUCAAGGGCAAAGUGGAAGAGUCUGAGUUGGAGCAUGCCGCCAAAAAGCCCAGACUUGAGGAGCCCAAGGCCGAGGAGACAGAAUUGUCCACGCCACAGUCCGCCUCAUGA